AUGGCCCAUGCUACACCCGAAUCCUAUGCCAUUCAGAGCUCAAGUCCGAUCACUACCCUUCGUUUCUCUCAGCAAGCACCAGUGAUCCUUAAACAUCAACUACAUCCAAAGAAGAAUCCAGUAUCUGCAUUAAUAGCUAAACAAGAGGAGCCAGAGAAAUAUAGCGUAAUAGAGCAACUGUUCUUCUCCUGUCUACAAACUGGUGAUGAUAGGUCUGCUCUGUUAUGUCUCGAGCAGUUGACAUGCCGUUUCGGCUCUUCGAAUGAGAAAGUAAUGGGGUUGCGUGGCCUAUAUGAGGAGGCUAUAGCUGAAAAUCAAUCUGAUCUGGAGGAUUCUCUACGUAAAUACGAUUCCUGCCUGUCGGAGAACCCGCUUAAUUUGCCCAUUUUAAAACGCCGUAUCGCGCUCUUGCGUUCACUUUCGAGACCUACAGAUGCUAUAACCGGCUUGGUAGAGCUCCUAAAAGCCGUGCCUACCGAUGCAGAGGCCUGGUGUGAACUUGCAGAUCUAUAUCAGUCUCAGGGAUUAAGCUCGCAGGCAAUAUUCAGUCUCGAGGAGGCCCUGCUGGUCGCUCCUAAUGCUUGGAAUGCAUGUGUCCACUGUUUGCUUUCCCUCCAAAACUGUCUAACCUCUACUGCAGAUUCACGCUCGCCUUGGAGAAAUUCUGUACAUUUGCGCCCGCACUACAGAGACAGCAGUUUCCUCUCGGCGACUUCGCUUCAACUUAAAAGAGAAUACGCGGUGGAUUUUACGCAGGCGUCAUCGUCAGCGUCAACGGAGGAUUUCUUGCCCAAAGGGAAGGCUGAGAAACUGAAUAUUCUCGCUAGAAGAAAACUUGAGGAGAUUGUAAAACAGCGGUCUGGAAACCGCCAGCUUUGGGAGCAUGCGCAAGGUGAACUCAAUGCAGCCCAAGAGCUUCUUGACCGCGACUCAUGCUAA